UUCUUCAAAAACUAACGAACAGACGAGAAUGCCAAUGGUUGUGAAGCCUUACUUAAAAAAGAAAUAAGUUCUGAUAAAAAAAUUGAAUUAAAUGCAUAUAACAAAAUGCUCGAUACCCGGAAUCCCUAAAUCAAAGAAGCUUCUGACAUUGACUUUAAUCUCUGUUCCUAAUGGGUUACACCAUCUCGUGCUUGGUAGUCUCAGCAUUUCUAUGCCAAUCCUGGGCGGUGGCGACUGGUUCUGGGCUCGAUCUUGAUUCUCUGACUCGUGAAUUGCUGGAAUCUGCAAGAAAACCAGAGUUCUUUCAAUGGGUGAGAGGGGUUAGGAGGAGAAUCCACGAGUACCCAGAACUGGGAUUUGAAGAGGACAAGACAAGUCAACUCAUCAGGACCGAAUUAGACUCGCUUGGAAUCACCUACAAGUACCCUGUAGCUGAAACAGGGGUGGUUGCCUCAAUUGGGUCAGCUUCUAAACCUGUCUUCUCCCUCAGAGCAGACAUGGAUGCCCUCCCUAUUCAGGAAUUAGUGGAGUGGGAGCACAAGAGCAAGAUUGAUAACAAAAUGCAUGCCUGCGGCCAUGACUCUCACGUAGCAAUGCUACUUGGAGCAGCCAAGCUACUUCAGGAUAGAAGGGAUAGUCUCAAGGGAACAGUGAAGUUAGUUUUUCAGCCUGGAGAAGAGGGUUAUGCUGGUGCUUACCAUAUGUUACAAGAUAGUGUUAUGGAUGAUAUCAGUGCCAUCUUUGCAUUACAUGUUUUACCAGAUGUACCAUCUGGUGUAAUUUCUUCACGACCUGGUCCGAUGCUUGCCGGGGCAGGAGUGUUUUCAGCCACCAUACAUGGAAGAGGCGGACAUGCAGCUAAACCCCAUUUGAAUAUUGACCCCAUUGUGGCAGCAUCCUCUGCAGUUGUAUCUCUCCAACAGAUUGUCUCCCGGGAGACAAAUCCCCUCGAGUCCACAGUUGUGACCGUGGGCUAUAUUGAGGGAGGUAAAGCUAAAGGAGGAAAUGUGAUUCCAGACACUGUCAAAUUUGAGGGGACUUUCAGGAGCUUAAGCAGUCAAGGUCUUUUGUACCUUAAACAAAGGAUUAAAGAGGUAAUAGAAAUGCAAGCCUCAGUCCAUCGAUGCAACGCAACCGUGGAUUUCAUGGAAGAGGCAUCACCGCUUUAUCCAGUAACAAUUAAUGACGAGGCACUGUAUCAAUAUGCAAAGAAGGUUUCUGAGGCCUUGGUUGGAAAAACUAAUGUGGAGAUCUUUCCGGUGAUCAUGGGGUCAGAAGACUUCAGCUUUUACUCACAGAAGAUUCCGGCUGCAAUGUUUGGACUUGGUAUAAAGAACGAGACGGCAAAAUCUGAUAAGGCUCUGCAUACCCCAUACUUUGUUGUUGAUGAAGAAGCUCUUCCAAUUGGAGCAGCUCUUCAUGCUGCUGUUGCUAUUUCAUAUUUGGGCAGUCACAGUCAUGCUGUUUCGUAGAAACAAAGGUAGAGAUAAAGAUCAUGGUUUAGCUUCUGUGAUAUAUAUCUAUGCCUUAGAAUCAAACUUGCUCUAAGAAGCUGUCAACCAUGGGCCGUGUUCCUGAGACUACUGAGAACAUAAAUUAGGCCAUAAAUAAAUUUAAUAAAAUAAAUAAAUGGUUUGUUG